GUCUAAGGGGUUUUUAGGGCCCUGGGGAAGUUUUGACAUGCACUGACAUUUGUGCUUUUUUCAGUUGCUUAAAAACAUAUUAAUGGCAAAAGUCUCAUAACACUGUGUUCAUCACAAACUGGGCUACAAUAUCAUAUAAUCAACAUGUAUGUACAUGUUUGUAUUUUUGAGAGAAAAAUGUUUAUGCGUGUGUAACCCACCUUAAAGUUUGGUUACUAAGACCAUAACUUUAGUAUUAGAUUGCUCAAUAACUAUAUAAAUAUAUACAUAUUAAGACACAGAAUAAAUAUAAAUAUAGUAAGAACAAAAAGCUGUUUACAUUAUAUGUUUUUAUUUUUCAUUUUCUUUUGGUCUGCUUGAAAGUGUUUAAUAAAAGACUUUAAAUUUGUUAUAGUCAACUUCAAGGUGACUGGUUUGUUUUUGAAUAUAUUUGAAAAGACUGUUAUUUUGGUGCAGUUAUCUCCUAGGUGACGGGUUUGUUUGUCAUUCUGGAGACUCCACUUGAAAUGUAAUUAGACGAUAUUGAUAACCCUUUUAAGAAAAAUUAUACUUUUGUAAUAUAAUCUAACUAUUUUUCUAAAUCUGAAUCAUCUUACCAUUCCUUGUACAUAUUUUGUCUACAUAUUGUUGAGGCUAGAAGACUUCUGUUGUUUUAUCCAAAACUCCGAUUGGUUUUUUUAUUGAGCUGGAACACUGAGCUGGAACACUGGAUGGCGAGUCAGUCCCAUUGGAUUUCGAUUGAACUGUUCUUCCUCUUCACACUGGAAAACCAAACCCCUUGAACUAUACCAUUGGAUCAACCUGUGUUCCUUGGACACGGAUAAGCCUUCACACAUACACUGACAUAUACACCUUACAUACCCGGGUACAGGACUAUUUCUUUUCUUUUAAUCAUUUUAUUGGAAAGCUUUUAUUUGAAACUUUUGGAAAAGAGCUCUUAUUUAUUUAUUUUAUUAUUUAUGUGUGUGUAUUUAUUAUUAUUAUAUAUUUCUCAAUAUUUCAUAUUUCUCAAUAUUUAACUGUGGUUCUCUCUUUUGUGAUCAGAAUGAAAUAUUUUAAACAAUUUAUUGCUGUAAUAAAAUAACUGCAUUUUUCUUUCACUCUUACACAUUGUCCUUGUCAAUUUACUCCCCCCUCAAUGCUGAACCUAGAACUGGCCUAAACCUAAUCAUAACCUAUAGAGGCACCUCCUUUUAUUUUAAAACAAUACAUUUUUAUUCUAGUUAAAUAGAGCAGAUAGGUGCUACAUAAAUCUUGGCGAGCCAGCCAGGAGGGGGCAGUGUUGACAAUUUUGUAAUUAAUAUUUAAAGUGUAUAUAUAUUUUCUCUUUGCAUUUACAUAUUUUCUAUUGAAACUUAGAUUUUACAUUGAAACUGUACAUUUGAAAUGGAUGUGGUUAAACAAAAGAAUGUUAAAGUGCCUAAUUCAGUCUUAGUCAGUGGUAUGAGUGAUAGUGAUGCAGAUGGAGAAAUAUUUAGGUUCUUAGAGGAACAUGGGCCUUUCUCAAGGGUGAUACAUAUAAGUAGCUCUGAUCCAGAAUUACAAAACACAGUCAUAGUUGAGUUUGAGUCAGGGCUUACAAUAAAAAAUUUAGGUCAGUUACCACUCUAUAGGCCUUCCCCAGAUGACCCCAGCACUGUCCACUGCAUUAGGCAACUGUCUAGUGUUUAUUCAAGGUAUGUGGGAAGUAGUUUAACACAGACAUACCUUGACUCCUUAAAAGACAUAGCUAAACUGAGCGGUCUGGACUUGGAGUCACUUCUGCAUGACGAGCUCUCCCGUCUCCAGGGUUCUCUUGGAACUGAAGCACCCCCUUCCUUACCAUCCAUCCCUGUUGAAAGCUCAGGUGUCUCAAGAAUGCACAGCCCAUCAGCAACCUCUGACCACCGGCAUGCAUCUUUUGAUCCCCACAAUUCUACUUCACCAUCCGUCAUGGCAGCCGAUGUUCUUAGUGGCACUUCUCCAGUCCAGUUCGACACUACUGAUGUUCACUCCCUCGGCGGACGACCAUCAUACACAAUUCCUGUGAAUCAGCUCACAACGCCUGAGGUGCAGAAGGUGGUAGUAGAGCACAUUGUCCGUGGCACAGACAGCAUGUCUUCUCACAGCAGCACUAAACUGCGGAUCUUCUCUGGUAGACUGCCUACCCCUAACCAUGAAGUGGACUAUGAAACAUGGCGCAGCCAGACUGAGUUUCUUCUUUCUGACCCAUGUGUGUCUGAAAGGCACGUUACAAGGAAGAUUGUGGAGAGCCUGUUGCCUCCUGCAGCCAACCUGGUGAAACACUUAGGGCCUCAUGCUCAUGUCAAUGCCUACCUCCACAUCCUUGAUUCUGCCUAUGGCACAGUUGAAGAUGGCGAUGAGCUUUUCGCAAAGUUUCUUAACACCCACCAGGAUGCUGGUGAGAAGCCCUCUGCUUACCUGAGCCGUCUGCAGACAGCACUCAACAGGGUCGUGCAAAGAGGAGGCAUUCUAUUUAGUGACUUUGACUGCCAGCUGUUAAAACAGUUUUGUAGAGGUUGUUGGAACAAUACUCUCAUUUCCAGUCUUCAGCUUGAGCACAAGAAGAAUGCUCCACCUCCAUUCUCUGAUCUGUUACUGCUUCUGCGGACUGAGGAGGAUAGGCAGGCUGCAAAAUCCAACAGAAUGUCCCAACACUUGGGCUUCUCCAGAACCAAAGUCCAGUCCAAACACCACCACGUGUGGGACUGCAAUGUAGAUGAGCUCGGCAUUGACAUGCAGGUCACAGAGACACUCUCUGCUGGUGAGAAGCAAAUGAGAAAGGAGAUUGCUCAACUUAAAGCUCAGCUUGCCUCCCUGACAGCCUCACAGUCUGAGCAAUCCAAAAAAAAUUCAAAGAAGAAGGAGGAUGUAAACAGAGCUGGACUGAAGGCUAACUCCAACCACGCACAACCCAUGCGUGACGAGACAGUCUCCAAGAGGCCAAAACCUGGUUACUGUUUUAACUGUGGAGAAGAUGGCCACCUCUCCUCUGUGUGCAGUGACCCGGCAAAUCCAGCACUGGUUGAUGCUAAGAGAAGGGAGCUCAGAGAGAAGCAGCAGGCCUGGGACAGAGUCAAUGGUGUUUCCGGUUCUGCUCGUUUAAACCAGCAUUAG